CAUUCUGGAUAAAACUAGAACUUUCGAUUAAUCAUCUAUAAAUAAAAUCUAAAUGUCUUGAAUUUAUUCAUCAGAAACAAUUCAUCAAAACCUUAAAACAAAAUCGAUGAUCAAUUGAAAUUCCUGAAAGAAUGUCGCUAAUUCCAAGCUUCUUCGAAAUCCGACGAAGCAACAUCUUCAACCCAUUCUCUCUUAAUUUAUGGGACCCUUUUCAAGAUUUCCCCUUAAAAAACACCACCUCUCGAUCAAUCUCCACCACUGGUGGCGACACGGCUGCAUUUGUGAACGCCCGAAUUGACUGGAAAGAGACUUCGGAAGCCCAUGUAUUCAAAGCGGAUUUACCUAGUUUGAAGAAAAGUGGUGGCGACACGACUGCAUUUGUGAACGCCCGAAUUGACUGGAAAGAGACUCUGGAAGCCCAUGUAUUCAAGGCGGAUUUACCUGGUUUGAAGAAAAGUGGUGGCGACACGGCUGCAUUUGUGAACGCCCGAAUUGACUGGAAAGAGACUCCGGAAGCCCAUGUAUUCAAGGUGGAUUUACCUGGUUUGAAGAAAAAGGAGGUGAAGGUUGAGGUUGAAGAUGGGAAGGUGCUCCAAAUCAGUGGUGAGAGAAACAGGAAGCAAGAGGAGAAGAAUGACAAGUGGCAUCGAGUUGAACGGAGUUCUGGAAAGUUCCAAAGGAGGUUUAGGUUGCCGGAGAAUGCGAAGAUGGAGGAGAUCAAAGCUAAUACGGAGAAUAGUGUUCUUACUGCCACUGUUCCUAAAGCAGAGGAGAAGAAGUCUGAAAUCAAGUCCAUUGACAUUUCUGCUGCUUAAUUAAAUGUACUCAUUAAUCUUUAUAAUAGGAACUUAAAAAAUAGUAUGGUGGUUGAAUGUUUGAUGUACGUUUAUGAUAGUAUGUGACAAAAUAUAAUGAAUAAUUCUCUGUGCAA